UGUAAAGUAAGCCCUGAGUUCCGCUAAGUAUUUGGAAGUGGCUGAGAAAAGGUGUGUGACAUGGGGGUCUAUCAUGUGAUCAUCACCCUGUUCCUGCUCUGGAAAGAUACCACAUGUCAGGAAGCGGCUGUUUAUUCAAUUCAGGUGAAUGAUGAUGUCUCUGUACAGGAGGGUCUGUGUGUCACCAUCCCUUGUAAUUUUACUGCAGACAAUAGGAGGACAUUCACAAGUUCCACAGGAUACUGGAUAAAAUAUGUAUAUAAGACUGUAGCCUCCAAUGAUAAAUCUGCUACUGCGGUAAAGCCAAACUUCCACCUGACAGGAAAUCCAAAUAUCGGGGACUGCACACUGACAAUAACUGGUGCUAGGAAAGAAGAUGACGGGAAGUAUUAUUUCAGGUUUGAAGAAUCUCCAAGCAGUUCAGUCAAAUAUAGCUAUACAUCACUUAUGGUAUCUGUGAAAGUGACAGACAUCAUACAUCAGGAAGCGGACGGUUAUAGAAUCCAGGUGUAUUGUGAUGUUACUGUACAGGAGGGUCUGUGUGUCACCAUUCCUUGUAGUUUUAUGGCUAACAACAUCAAACAAUUCACAAAUUCCAGAGGAUACUGGAGGGACCAUGGCUCUGAUGACAUUGUAGCCUCAAAUAAUAUAUCUGUUACUGGGGUAAAAUCCAACUUCCAGCUGACAGGAAAUCCAAAUACUGGAAACUGCUCACUGACAAUAACCAGUGCCAGGAGAGAGGACAGUGGGACAUAUUAUUUCCGGUUUGAAGAAACUCCAGACUCUACUAUCAAAUAUAGCUAUAAAUUAUCCAAAACUACAGUGAGAGUAACAGCUCUUUCCAGAAAGCCAGAAAUCUACAUUCCCAGGAAUAUAACUGCAGGUCAGGAGGUGACACUAACCUGUUCCUUUCCUGUCACCUGCCCUGGACUUUCUCCAACUUUCCAAUGGACAAAGGGUGAUCAGAAUAUGUGUAAAGACUCAACAGUGACAUUUACCCCAACUCGGAGUGAUAACAAGAAACCUAUGACCUGUAAGGUGACCUUACCAAAUGUUACGCCUACACAGACAUCUAUAAACUUGGAUGUUCAAUAUCCUCAAAUUAUCACUAUCACAGGCGAGAUCAAAGCUCUCCGGAGUCAACCUCCAGCAAGUCAGACAGAUGUAAAAAGAAUACCGAAAACUGAGACAGUGACAGUGCUGGAAGGAGACUCCCUGAGAUUAACCUGCUCGGUAGACAGUAACCCCGCAGCUAAUGUGACCUGGAAGAAGGGAGGAGACGAUGUUCCCAGCAGUGCGACUGGACAAGGGCUGGAGCUCAGUCUGACGGACAUACAGUCUAGCGCUGCUGAUACAUAUUACUGCGUAGCAGAGAGUGAACAUGGAGAAAUAAACCAAAGUGUCACCUUAAUUGUACAAUAUCAACCGAGAAAACCAGUGGUGUCCAUCUCCUCAUCUACAGGUGGACCACUUGAAGCAAGCCAGUCUGUGAUCACAAAUGAAGACGGAGGUCUGUCUAUAAACUGCUCUGUGGACAGUAACCCAGCAGCUGUUCUGAGCUGGAUAAAGGGGGAACAUAAAGACUCAAACAAUAGAAUUGCUGAAGGAAUUACAUGGUUACUGGUAAAAAUAACAUCCUCAGAGGCAGGUAUCUACAGGUGCUUAGCAAGGAACAAGUAUGGGUCCAGUGAAACCCGUAUCCAAAUCAACAGAAAACCAGAUCCUCCAUCCAUCACUAUCACAAGAGAGGUAGAAGAGUACCGGUAUCAGAAACUGUGA